GCUCCGAUCCCUCAAUACAUCCGCCAAGCCAGCCAGGGGAGUCAUUUAUUCUAUGGCUAAGAAAAGCGUCGGUGACCUCAAUGCCGAUGAGUUGAAGGGUAAAAAGGUCUUCGUGCGGGUUGAUUUGAAUGUUCCUCUCGAUGAAAACCAGAACAUCACUGAUGACACUAGGGUUAGAGCUGCCGUGCCAACAAUUAAACACUUGAUUUCUAAUGGGGCCAAAGUGAUCUUAUCCAGUCAUCUGGGCCGUCCAAAAGGGGUCACACCAAAGUAUAGCUUGAAGCCUCUUGUCCCUAGAUUAUCUGAACUCCUUGGCAUUGAGGUCAAGAUGGCAAAUGACUGUAUUGGUGAGGAAGUCGAGAAAUUGGUUUCUGAAAUUCCAGAGGGUGGUGUGUUGCUUUUGGAGAAUGUGAGGUUCUACAAAGAGGAAGAGAAGAAUGAUCCCGAGUUUGCAAAGAAGCUUGCUGCCCUUGCGGAUUUGUAUGUUAAUGAUGCAUUUGGAACUGCCCACAGAGCUCAUGCAUCCACAGAGGGAGUGGCCAAGUACUUGAAACCAGCUGUAGCUGGAUUCCUUAUGCAGAAGGAGCUUGACUAUUUAGUUGGAGCUGUGAGUAGCCCAAAGAAGCCAUUUGCUGCCAUUGUUGGAGGUUCAAAAGUAUCCACCAAAAUUGCUGUGAUUGAGUCCCUGCUGGAAAAGGUUGACUUGCUAUUGCUGGGUGGAGGGAUGAUUUUUACUUUCUACAAGGCUCAAGGAUACAAAGUUGGAUCCUCGCUCCUGGAGGAAGACAAGCUUGAGCUAGCCAAAUCCCUCAUCGAGAAGGCCAAGUCUAAGGGAGUCUCAUUACUGCUUCCUACUGAUGUUGUGGUUGCAGACAAGUUUUCUGCCGAUGCCAACAGCAAGGUGGUUAGCGCAACUGAAAUUCCAG